AUGCCAUACUUUAAACCAGGACAACAAUACUUCUUCUACAAGCCUUACAUUUGGAUGACCGGUUUAGCCUUUCUCAGUUUUGGAUCCAUUUCUUUGAACCGAUGGCAAGCAGGACAACAAGGCAAAUUGUUCCAAGACGUUAGACCUUCUCAAGAAGUGAUCGAUUAUGAAAACAAGUACGUUUAUCGUCCAGGAGAAAACCGAGAUGCCGUGAAUCAAGUUGAUUUUGCUCCUUUGACUCACUCUAGUUGGUUAAAGAAGGAAUAG